GCGGCCUCGGCGGAGACAUUAAUUGGACGGUCCAGCCGUCUGACAACUGCACGUAAAGUACAAUACAGCGCGGCGGCUCGAGGUUUAUUGAGCCUGCGCCGAGAGAAAAAGAGGAGGUUCCCGAAUAGAGUGCUUUAUUUAUUUCUUUGUUUCCAACAGGGAGAGAAAAAUAACAACAGCGACGCACAACCAUAGCGACUUAAUUUUUACAUUUGUUUUUGUCCGCGUACGCAAGAAAACUGGAUAAGACUACAGUGGUUGCUCAAAGGCCAAAGCCAAGAGGAGGAGGAUGAAGCGGCGCAAUGCGGACUGCAGCAAACUCCGACGGCCGUUGAAACGGAACCGAAUCACCGAGGGUAUAUACGGCAGUACCUUCCUGUACUUGAAGUUCCUGGUGGUGUGGGCACUGGUGCUAUUGGCAGACUUUGUACUAGAGUUCAGGUUCGAAUACCUCUGGCCGUUCUGGCUCUUCAUCCGGAGUGUCUACGACUCCUUUAGAUACCAGGGGCUGGCCUUCUCAGUAUUCUUUGUGUGUGUGGCGUUUACCUCGGACAUUAUUUGCCUCCUCUUCAUCCCAGUGCAAUGGCUAUUCUUCGCUGCCAGUACCUAUGUGUGGGUGCAGUAUGUUUGGCACACAGAGAGAGGUGUCUGUCUGCCCACAGUGUCUCUUUGGAUACUGUUUGUGUACAUAGAGGCAGCCAUCAGAUUCAAAGACCUGAAGAACUUCCACGUGGACUUGUGUCGUCCGUUUGCUGCACACUGCAUUGGAUACCCAGUGGUCACGCUUGGCUUCGGCUUCAAGAGUUACGUGAGCUAUAAGAUGCGUCUUCGAAAGCAGAAGGAGGUGCAGAAGGAGAAUGAGUUUUACAUGCAGCUCCUGCAGCAGGCUCUGCCUCCAGAGCAACAGAUGCUUCAGAGGCAAGAGCGAGAAGCAGAAGAAGCAGCAGCAAAAGGAAUAUCUGAAGUGGACACACCUCCAGUAUCACAGAACGGCGCCCCAGCCAAUAAAAAGAUAUCUGCGCCACUGCCAGAACUAGAGUAUAAAGAAAAAGGGAAAGAGGGAAGGGGCGGCGGGGAGACUAAAAAGCAGCACAACAGCAUCCUGCCAUCAUCAGUGGACUCUAAACUCCAGGAGAUGGAGUAUAUGGAGAACCAUAUGAACAACAAGAGACUGGCCACAGAGCUGGGCAGUACAGAGAACCUGUUGCUUAAAGAGGACAACAAUUCUUCCUGCUCCUCCUCUUCGUCCUCCUCCUCUAAAAACUACAAAAACGCUAGCAGCAAUGCCGCAACGCUCAACUCCUCGCCCCGUGGCCAUAGUGCUACCAACGGCAGUGUGCCCUCCUCUGCACCACCAUCUUCUUCUUCCUCAGGGAAGAACGAGAAGAAGCACAAGCUAUCAGUAGGGAAGGGGUUGGCGGGUGGCCCCCACAGGGAUCCCACAGACAACUGUAUCCCCAACAACCAGCUGAGCAAGCCAGAAGCACUUGUUAGAUUAGAGCAGGAUGUUAAAAAGUUGAAGGCCGACCUGCAAGCCAGCCGGCAAGUAGAGCAGGAUCUGCGCAGCCAGCUUGGCUCACUGGGCAGCGCAGAGCGCUCCAUACGGACUGAGCUGGGUCAACUGCGCCAGGAGAAUGAGCUGCUUCAGAACAAGCUUCAUAAUGCUGUCCAGGCAAAGCAAAAGGACAAACAGGCUGUAGGCCAACUAGAGAAGAGGCUCAAAGCAGAGCAGGAAGCUCGAGCCACUGCUGAGAAACAACUUGCAGAGGAAAAGAAGCGAAAGAAGUUAGAGGAAGCCACAGCAGCCAGAGCAGUAGCACUAGCAGCAGCAUCCAGAGGGGAGUGCACAGACACGCUGCGGCGACGAAUUACUGAAUUAGAAACGGAGUGUAAGAAAGUAACACUGGAUAUCAAGCUAAAGGAGGACCAGAUCCGAGAGCUUGAAUUGAAGGUGCAGGAGCUUCAUAAAUAUAAGGAGAAUGAAAAAGACACAGAGGUGUUGAUGUCUGCGCUGUCAGCCAUGCAGGACAAGACCCAGCACCUGGAGAACAGCCUGAGUGCAGAGACAAGGAUCAAACUGGACCUCUUCUCUGCACUGGGAGAUGCCAAGAGACAACUGGAGAUAGCACAAGGUCAAAUCCUGCAAAAGGACCAGGAGAUUAAAGACCUGAAGCAGAAGAUAGCUGAAGUGAUGGCCGUCAUGCCCAGCAUCUCCUACACAGCUGACACCAGCAGCAUGAACACCGUGGGCCCCCACUACUCCUCCAAGUUCAUGGACACCAAUCCUUCUGGCCUCGACCCCAACGCCUCUGUUUACCAGCCAAUGAAAAAGUGAACGCUUGGUCCUGCCCCUCAUCCUUUCCUCCCCUUCAUCCAUACUCUCUGCAGUUUUUAUUUCACCUGCAGGCCCACCACCUUCCAAUCUGCUCGGCAUGUCUGUGGCUGAGAACAUUGUUUUUUCUUGGGGUUUUUUGUUUUCUCCACGCCAGGUCAGAAGGAUGUUGGUAUUGUGUGACUGUAUUUGUUGUAGUUAAAACAAAAGACAAAAAAAAACUUACAAUGGACAACUAGGUAGUCCCAGAUAUGUUUUCUCUUAAGUGUCUAGUGAAACCUCACAGAAUCGGGUAUGUACCUUCAUCUGAAGGUUGUUUCUCUCCCUUCCCCACACUGCAGCCUGUUACCUGCUCUUUGGUCCUGGGUAAUAGCUUCUUAUUUAUUGUUUUAGGUUGAUUUAUUUUAUUUUUUUCCUACAAUCAUGAAGGCGAGUUCUCCAUUGUCAUACAGCUUGACUUGUAUCCUGUUUUUUGGACAGUUUUUUUUUUCUCACAAGGUAGUAAGGCAACAUCUGUACAACCAGAAGAAUGUAGUGCAAAGUUGGCACAGACUCUCUCCCCUGUUAUGUUUUAUUUAUUCUUUCAAUCCACAAUCAGACGUCAAAUUAAACCGGCCCUCGGCUGCUUUGGGGUUUGGUGGUAAACUGUUUGUUUUUUGUUUCUCUGUUUUAAGUGACGAUUUGAACAAGCUGGAAAAUAUCUGAUGUUGGAAACAGAAACAGACUUUGAAAAGAAACAAACCCCAGGAGCUCUUGAGUUCUUGAGUUGAAGAAGUGCAGGAAGAGAAGACUGCAAGUUCACAGCUUCUCAGUACUCUGCAUCGUCUUUCUCCAGUUGUCAUGAUCACAGUGCCUUGAGUAGAGGACAUAAACUGAGAGAUAAUGCGACAUUGACCCGCCAAAAUUAGUUGUGAAGCAUCUGGCUUAAGGUGGAAUGGAUAAGAAUUUGCCCUUGCUCAAUCAAGACGGACAAAGUUAACUUCAGAAGCCGAUUUGUUUUUUCCAGCCAAUUUCCUGGAGGGCAGCUCUGUCCAUUUUGUUAUAGACAUCGCAGUUAACAGAUAAAGUGUUAAGCACCAAAACCAAUAGAUUUCAUUGUACUCCUGUUUGCCUGUUGUCAGUAUAUUGGCAUGAUGUUAUCUACCAAAGAGUCUACUGCACACAAGUCUCUAAAGAAGCUCAUCCAUACGGCUGUUAAACCCCAACUCCCUCAGUUGAAGCCAUCGCUCCCUCUUUUCUUUUUUUGAGUUUCAACUAAAAGUUGCACUGUAGAAAACACAAGCUGUUUGAAAGGGAAAUUUAUAAAGAUGGAUUGUGCAAUGUACACACAGCAUCGGAAAACGCCAACUUGAAUAUUAACAGUUAAAUAUUAUUAUUUAUUAAUCUUCCACUUCCGUUUGUGUGCCAAGACUGGAAUGCUUGUUUCUUCUAGUAAUGUGUUCAAGAAUGUACCGCAAAUCAAUUGGCUGACAUUUGUUUUUUUUCUGUCAAUUAUCCAGUUGGAUAUCACUUAAUGGAAUUAUCUGUUUAGCAGGUAGAGAACAGUGGUCACCUGCUUGUAGUAGACCAUGUAGUUAAAAGUAAGGGACUAGAAAGUCAAACAUUUCCUUUUGUGAAUGUUACAGUAUUUGCAACUGUCGGGCAAGUGGCUGUUUUUUUUGUUUUAAAGCAGCUUUCUUUACUCCCGUUUCUGGUAUUAUCGUUAUUUUCCUGCAGGGAGAAAAAUCGCUUAAGUCUGAUGUGGUUUCGCUGUCAUCUGAAAUGACCAUUGUGCGUGUGGUUUUCGCAUAUCGUAUAUGGAGAAUCCUUUUUUCACCCAGAAUGCUGACAUUAGCUCCUGGGAUGAAAAAAAGAAGUUGCGAAAAGUACAGUUUAAUCACUUGUUUGGUCAACUGAUAGGAAGUGUUUUGGUUUGUUUUUUGUUUUCUAUGCCCACAGUCACUGCUCUGUUUCUCCCCAGGUCUGACCUUGGCUGUGCUCUCGCUCUGUGAGGUUUGCAAGGAAUAAACUUUUCUUUUUUCUUGCAAAUUGA